AUGAGAAGGCUUGAGCUCUUAGACAAACACCUUUCUUCACAGCCUUUAUAUUGGGUCCUCAAAAACACUGACAUAAAGGAAUUCAAGAAAGUUGGGAACCUCAAGGGAAAAACAAUUGUAAUUACAGGCGCAUCGAGAGGAAUAGGUCUAGCAAUUGCAAAAAAAGCUGCAGCUGAUGGAGCUAAUAUUGCGAUUUUAGCGAAGACCGUUGAACCUCACAAAAAGCUUGAAAAUACCAUUUACACAGCUGCUAAAGAAAUCGAAGAGGCAGGUGGAAAAGCUUUACCAAUUAGAUGUGAUAUUCGCUUCGAAGAUCAAGUAAAAUCUGCUAUUGAGCAAACAGUCGCUACCUUUGGCGGCAUAGAUAUUUUAAUCAACAACGCUUCUUACAUCGCCCUCACCCCGACUCUUGAUACAACUAUGAAAUCAUAUGACUUACUCCGUCCUUCAAAUUUGAAUAGCAGCUCUGAUUUAUAGUCUUAUUCUUUUUGAAAAUAAAAUUAUUUUAAAUUUUCUAAUCAAGCAAAUAAAUUUAAAAUUUCUUGAUUCAAAGCGUUAAUUUUGCUAAAUAGCAUUCUACUUAACUACCCUCUUUAAAAGAUAACACGCCAUACAUAAAUUUUUGAUUAAAUUUGUUAUCAAAUCUAUUAUAUAGAAAUCAUUAUUUUGCCUAUAGAAAUGAAAAUUUUGUUCCAAUUAACUGGGAAGUUAAUGAACAGCAUCGUCGCCAGAGGCACUUUUAUGCUCUCAAAAUACUGUAUACCACACCUACUGAAGGCUCAAAACCCUCACAUUCUCAACAUUACUCCACCAAUUAAUCUGAACCCUAAAUGGCUCGCUCCACAUUUGGCUUAUACAAUUGCAAAAUACGGAGACAGCAUGUGUGUAGUUGGAUUGAGUGAAGAAUAUAAAGGACAAAUCGGAGUUAACGCAUUAUGGCCAAGAACAACUAUCGCCACUGCAGCUAUAAGACUUGCCUUAGGAGGAGAACCUAUAAUGCAAAGGUCAAGAAAAGUUGACAUCAUGUCAGAUGCUGCUUAUACCAUUUUGACCAGCUGCAAUAAAGCAACCAAUGGAAACUUCUUUAUUGAUGAUGAAGUUGUAGGGCCUGUAGAUUUAAAGAAGUAUAAUGUGAACCCGAACAUCCCUCUAGAAGAGCUCAUGCCUGACCCAUACGUCUAA